CCUACACAGGGCCUUAUUUAUAUGAACUGUCCGCAAUGGAUCGAAAAGUGAAACGGGUCAAGCAAACUUCUAUUUUCAGUCCACCAUGAUUCCGCUUUCAUUUGCUGCAUCUUUUUUCUACCUGUAUAUAACCGGCUCGGUAUUCUUCGACACAGCACAUUAUCUCCUGCACCAAUGGUCAAAGUCACAAUGGCGUUUCCUCCGAUGGCUAUCAUGGUGUCACCAAUUCCACCACCUUUACUACAAUCGCUCGCUAAAGUUCAAUGAUCGAUACCUCCGCCAAAACGCCUGGAUCUCCCUGCCGCUGGAGAUGUUCAGUAAAAUCCUCGGAAGCAUUGUCGGCUGGUUCCUCGCUAGAAGCCUAAUCACAGAUACCAAUGGCAACCCCGACACCAUGCCAUUGGUGGCCGUGUCCGCCUUCGAGUUCAUAAGGACCACGGUGGUCAUCGGUAUGAGCGGCCGCGACUCAAACCACAUCACCUUCGACACAGUCCCCAAAGACCGCAGCUGGCUUUUCGUCGGCCCCGAAUUCCACGCCCUGCACCACGUCUACCCCGAUCGGUACAUGGGCUCGAUGGUCAAGCUUUUCGACUGGGUCAUGGGCACGGCCUACUCCGUCCGAAACAAAAAGGUCGUCAUCACCGGCGGAUCAGGCGCUUUCGGACGCGCGAUCCAGGGGCAACUCUUAUCAGAAGGCGUGAAAGAUAUCCAGAAGCUGCGGUUCGGGAAAGACUGGACGCAUCACGACUUCUCGCGCGUCGGCCCUAUCUUCGAAAACGCUGAUAUUCUGAUCCUGACGCACGGCACGAAAGGCCUGGAUGCUAUGAAUGCCAACUGCAAUUCGACCAUUCGCCUCAUCGAGCUAUUCCUGGAGCAGAAGGGCCUGGGUAAGGGUGGGCCGAGGAAGACUGUCCCCGAGAUAUGGUAUGUCGGCAGCGAGAUCGAGAUUCAUCCAGCUUGGGGUAUUCCCGAGAUGCAGCGGUACUCGGCCUCCAAGAGGGCAUUUAUGCCCUAUGCUCGUGCGUUGUAUGAGGAUCCUCGUGUAAUUUAUCGGCAUAUUGUACCGGCAGCUUUUGACUCGUCAAUGGGGAAGGCGAUUGUGUCCGCGGAUUGGGCUGCCGGUGUGGCUAUGUGGUGGAUUCGGCGCGGCGCUUAUUAUGUCCCCGUUACCUACUCGGGGCUUGCAUUUUUGCAUUUUUUUAAGUUUCUGUACCUUGUUCGGCCGGAUGUGAGUGUUGCUUCGAAACUGAAAUGAGACUGGGGGUAGUGGACUUGGGUUUGGGUGAUAUUGUAUAUAGUUAUUUUGAUUUCCUACCUGUAUUAUCGCCCCUGCGUUAGACCUGAAUUGAGUUUAGGUUUGUAC